AUGGUCCGCCACAAGAAAGACUUCAAGGCGAACAACAAAUUCAACAAGCCGGCCAAAGCCCGCGGCCCACCCCGUCCCCGCCGCGAUUCCGACGUCGACGAAGAUGCCAACAAUGGCCCCCGCCCUGAAAAACCCGCCUACAAAGCUGCAUGCUGGGACCUCGGCCACUGCGACGCCAAACGGUGCUCAGGGAAACGGCUCAUGCGCCUCGGGAUGAUGCGCGAACUACACGUCGGCCAAAAGUUUGCUGGCGUUGUGGUGAGCCCCAAGGCUCGCAAGAUACUCAGUCCGCAGGAUAGGCCGAUCAUGGAGCAAUACGGCGCCGCAGUCGUGGAGGCGAGUUGGAAGCGCAUUGACGAAGUACCUUUUGGUCGGAUUGGAGGCAAAUGUGAACGAUUGCUGCCCUAUCUUGUCGCUGCGAACCCGACCAACUAUGGAAAACCGUGGCGGUUGAACUGUGUGGAGGCGCUUGCUGCGUGCUAUUAUAUUUGUGGUCAUGCGGAGUGGGCAGAGAGUAUAUUGAGUACUUUUUCGUAUGGACGCGCGUUUUUGGAUAUCAAUGCGGCGCUGCUGAAGCGGUAUGCGGCGUGUGAGGAUGAAGAGGGGAUUAAGAAGGCGGAGGAGGUAUGGCUAGCCAAGAUUGAAAAGGAGUGGAAUGAGAGUCGUGAGGCCAAGGAAGACGGUGCUGUCGAGGAUGUAUGGGCGGGCGGGAACAUGAACAGAAGGAUCAUCGACGAGUCUGAUGACGACGAAGACGAAGAAGGAAGCGAAGACGCCGAGGAAACCGCCGAGCUCGAAGACAAAGUCGACCCCGGAAACCCAUACAAUCUCCCCGAAUCAGAAGACGACGAAGAGGAAAUGGCAGAGCUGAGACGACGCGUACUCGCCUCCAAACCCUUUGCCAAUCCUACACCGAAAGAACAGGACAGCGAGGAUGAGAAGAAAACCCCACAGCGGAUACCGCGGACUGAGCCAGCGCCUGGGACUCUGCCCGUUGAAGACGAUGAGGAUGAGGACGGCAGUGAGCCAGAGGGUGACGAAGGUGAUGAUGAAUUCGAUAGUUUCAUGGCUGCACAGCCUACGACUGAUCGGACGGGCAUCACGAGCAAGCAGAGAUCAAAGGCUAUGGAUGGGAAAUACAAGGCUACGUUUUCGAGUGGGAGUGUCAAGGGCACGGGGUUGGCGAGGGGUUAG